UAUUUAUGAUUUAUUUUCAUUUUGUGGAUUUAUUUUUAUUAUAACAAAAUAAUACCUACCUUAUUUAAUUUAAAAUAUUUGAUCAUAAUUUCUAUACAAUUCUCAAUACCUAGCCAAUACUUAUAUAUUCUAAUUUUAAAAUCUAAAGACCAAAGUUAAAUGUCAGUACUCAAUUCUGUAUUCUUUUUACUCAAGUCUAUCUCAAUGUUUCAUUACAAAAUUAAUAAGUAUUAAGUAAAUAUUUAUUGUGGAUAAUGUUCAAGAGUUAAAUAGCAAAUCGUUUUUUAAUUUUUUAUUUGUAAUCCCAAAUAGGUUCUUGAAAAAAUAAAUAUCAUAAAAAAUGAUGGAAAAGCAAAAAAAAGAAUAUGAGCUUAAACAAAGCUUAAGACCUAAAAGUUCUACAAUUAAAUCAGUUGUACUGGAUUGUAGUGAUCUAUCAAAUCCAAAAAUUAAGGAAAAUCAAGAGACAGAAGUCCUAACAAUGUCUACGCCAACUGAUCACCCACAAAAAAAAUUAAAACAUUUGAAUCUAUUUAGUAAUUUACAAUCAACACCAAAUACUCGGCAUUUUAACAAACCAGAAUUGGAUUCAAGAAUAAUAAUGAAUCUCAGUCCAAUAACAUCUACGUCAUCUUUAAAAACAAACUUAUAUAGUCAUAAAGAUAUUUAUCAACAUAAAUCACAUGCAGAAAUUGAUUUUUCAUUGAAUCCAUUGAAGUACCAGAAUUCAUCAAAUCUUUGUAAAAAACAUGAAUUAAACAAAUGGAAAACAAACAAAACUUCAAUUGAACCAGCUCAUAAAAGUAAUAUUAUUGACUCUUUAAUUGUACCAAAUAACCCAAAAAAAACAAAUGAAGAUAUUGUUAACGAAAAAGCUAAAAGAUGCUUAUUUGAGAAAGAAAAGGAAAUUACUAUGUCUAAUUUGGAAACAGAUCAAGAUUCGCUUAACAUUUCUUUGGAUAUAUUAGAACAAGUGUGUCAAAUGUCAGAAAUUAUGGAUGAUAGCUUAACUGAAGAAGUAAAAAUAAGUGAUGAUACUAAUAAAAAAAAAAAAUUGGCUUCUUUUCUUUAUGGUAAUAGCACCAUUAAACUUGAUGACACAGAAGAAGAAAACAAAUUAUUACAAUUGGCAUUAAGUAUGGAAGAUAAUGUAUUGACUGAAUCUAGAUCAAAGAAUAAAUUAUAUUUUGAAGGCAAAUUUACCUCUCUAAAUCAACUAAAAAAUAAGGGAACUAACUUAUCUAAAUAUGACAGUGAACAAUCAAAAAGUAAUAAGUUGAACACGUGUAUAAGUGAUUCCAAAUGUAACUUUUUAGAUCCUGAAGAAAUGAAUUCAAUUGGAAAUACACAAAUGUGUGAAAUAGCUGACAUAACUGAACCAUUAGAAUCAUUUGAUGAUCAAUGGACACAACAAUAUACUAAUAAUGAAUCUAAUUUCAGCAAUACAACAAAGGAAAAUAAUUUUAAUAAAGAUUUUGAUGCAGUGAUAAGCACACCUAUAGAUUUUAUUGAUCAUAAAGUGAAUAUAAAAAAAAGUAACUCAUUACAUAGUUCAAAUGAAAGGUUAAAAAUAUCAAUCGUAAGAGAUGAACUGAAUAUACCUCCAAUUGUGACUCAAGACGAUACCUUAACAAAUGAUAAUAUAUGUAAAGGUUUUUCAACUGCAGGAGGUAAAUCUAUUAAAGUAUCAGACGAGGCAUUAAAAAAAGUUCAAACGAUGUUAAAAGAUGAAUUUAAUGAAUAUUCAACUGUUAAUCAGGACAAUAUUGUUAUAAAUCCUAAUAUAUGUAAAGGUUUUUCCACUGCAGCAGGUAAAUCUAUUCAAGUAUCAGAUGCGGCUUUGAAAAAAGUUCAAACAAUGUUAAAAGAUGAACUGAAUGAAUCCUCAAUUAUUACUCAGGACAAUAUUGUUGUCAAUCCCAAAAUACCUAAAGGUUUUGCUACAGCAGCAGGUAAAUCUAUUAAAGUAUCAGAUGUGGCUUUGAAAAAAGUUCAAACAAUGUUAAAUGAUGAACUGAACGAAUCGUUAGGUAUUACUCAGGAUAGUAUUACUAUAAAUCCUAAUAAAUUAUGUAAUGGUUUUGCCACUGCUGGUGGUAAAACUAUUGCAGUAUCAAAUAAGGCCUUACAAAAAGUUCAAAGAAUAUUGAAAGAUGAAUAUUCAUUAGCAAUUACAAAGGACAAAACUACUAUAAAGUCUAACAUUGGUAUUCAAUUUUUGAAUGCUGGAGAUAAAUCUAUUAUAGAAUCAGAUAAAUCAUUAAAAGACAAUCAAUCAACCUUUAAAGAUGAUUCACAGUUAUUUGAUAGUUCACUAGAAACAAUGGCUAUUUCAAGUGAUUACAACAACUCUAACAAAGUCUCAAAAUUAACUAAUGACCUAAAAACAAAAUCAGACUGUUUUGAAAUUUCAAAACAUGAAGAAGAAUGUACAUUUGAGGAUGAUUUGUCUUUAAUUAACACAGUUGAAAAGUUUGAAAGGGAUCAAAUUGUUUGUAAGCCAGUGCAGAGAAAUAAACGUCCAGGAAGCCCUAUAAAUACACAUGAAAUUAAUUAUAAAAUAAAAAAAACAGUACUGAAUGAUGGAUGGGAAAUUAAUGAGUUAAAUACUUCAUUUAGUGUUUACUUAUCAAACAAAUUGAAUGGACCCAAAGUAUUAUUACCAGAAGUUGUUGAUUGGGUCUUGCCAAAAAUAUUCACUUUAAAACAGUUUCCUGAGAAUGGUGUCGCAAAAGAAUUAAUCAAAUUGAAUGUUGAUAAUGCUAUACAUUUGAAGUUAUAUUGGGAAAAAAAUUAUAAAUUAUCUGAUGGACAUAAAAAUAAAAUGUAUAGUUUUCAAGAUUUAAAAUACUUAUUUUUAUCACACAAUUUUGUUGAUGGCAAACUUAUUCCUAAAGGAUGGAUAGAAAACCAUUUUCGUUUUAUAGCAUGGAAAUUGGCUGCUACUGAAAUUUGUUUUCCCGAUCAUUUUGGAAACAAGUUAUUAACUGCAAAAAACAUAAUUCACCAACUAUUAUAUAGAUACUACAGAGAAAUAGAAAAAUGUCAACGAUCUGCAUUAAAAAAGAUACUCGAAAAAGAUGAAACUACAUCGAAAAGGAUAAUUUUAUGUGUUUCAAAAAUUAGUAGAACAAAUUCAGCUGAAACCUUUACGAUUGAACUAACUGAUGGUUGGUAUAGUGUUAAAGGAAUUAUUGACUAUGAGAUGAAUAUGCUUUUACAUAAAGGCAUUAUAAAAGUUGGUACAAAACUUAUAACAUAUAAUGCAGAACUUAUUGGUGCUGGAGAAGGAAUUGAUCCAUUAGAUGUUGACAAUAGUGUAAAGCUUAAGAUAUCAACAAACAGUACACGAAGAGUACGCUGGUAUGCUAAAUUAGGAUUCUAUAAAAACUCAACAUUACCUAUACCUAUUACUUUAGAAUCAAUUCUACCACAUGGUGGAAUAAUAGGAUCUCUUUCACUUGUAAUACUUAGAAAAUACCCUGUAAUGUUUCUUGAAAAGAAAACAAAUUCAAAAUCUAUUUUCAGGAAUGAGAAAAUGGAAACUAUUGAAGCAGAAAAGUAUAAAGCAUACCAACAAAAGUCAUUAGAAAUAAUUUCAAAUAAGAUAAAAACUGAGUUAAUUGCUGAAAUAGCCUCUAAAACUAAAGUAUCAAAAAAAUACUUUUCAAGUAUGAAAAAAGAAAAUUUAGAUAAAUUAAAUAUAGAUGAAUUGAGCAAUGUUUUAGAGAACUCCACUGAUCCUUUGGAAAUCCAAUCAUUGCUCAGUCAAGAAAAAUUGGAAGCUCUUAAAGAUUUUAAAAAAUUAGAACAAGAUCGAUUCUAUAAUGAACUUCAAAAUAGGGUCAAUAGAGUGUUUAAUGAUCAAUUUAAAGAUGCUCGUAAAGUUAUACCUAUGAUUAAAUUACGCGUGGUUGAUAAAAAAUAUGUUUCUACUGGCUUUAAAGCUGCAUUACUUACAAUUUGGAAUCCAUCAGAAGAUGUGACUGAGAUCUUGAACAAAUCUACUGAAGGUCAAUGUUGCAUAUUCCAUCAUAUUACUACUAAUGGAUUCAUGAAUGGUGAACUACAAUUAUCAGCCAAUAAAAAUACUCGUUUUGAUUUUCAAGGAUAUGAAAAUGAAUAUGUCAAACGUGAUGUAGUAAGCUUUAAAAGUAUUUGGUCUUGUACAUUUUUACCAUUAUUUGGUGAAUUAGAUUUAGUCGGUAUUGUAGUAUCAGACGUUAACAAAAAUAAUGCUUAUAAUGAAAUCUAUGUAUCAGACAAAGAAAUGAAUAUAAUCAGUAUUUUAUUCCGAGGCAAUAUUAAGGAAUAUGGUUAUGAUGACAUGAUGUACCCUGGCAGUAUAAUUUCGGGAAUUAAUAUUCAAUUUAAAGGAUUUAAUCAAAUAUCUCCAAUACCUAAGUUAUAUAAUACAGAGCAAUCUUUAUUUACAACAAUUCCUAAGACUGAAUAUAUUUUAAAUAUUUUUGAUGAUUAUAAAAUGUUUAUGAAAAAGCCGGAAAAUCAAAAUUUUCUGAUAUGCUGCCAAACUAAACUCAGUGAAAUUUUUAAAAGACUCGGAGAAACAACAACAAUGAAUAAUGAGCAAUGUUUAAACAAAUCUAAAACCGCAUUGAAUAAGUCAUAUGGUGAAUUACCCAUUGCCGUGGUAAAAACUUCUAAUACAUCUCAAACUGAAUGUUCUCCAGCUCAAAAACGAAUAAAAAUGCUGAAAUCUUUUGGAAAAACACCACCGUUAAACAUUGUUCACACUAAACCACCAGAUAAAAAGCUGUUGGGUCAAUUUAAGACACCGACCCGGUUAUAGACAUUUAUAAAUGAAUAUAUUUCAUAAGUUCAACUAUUAAUUUAAGUUAUAAUAAAUGUUUUUCUUAAAAGUAUUAAUUAAUUAUUUGUUGUUAUAUUAAA